CGCGGGGAGAGGGGACCCUGGCCUCAGUGCCGCUGCGGCUGAGAGGAGCCCCGGGAACCGGGCGCCGGCGGGGCAGCGCGGAUGCGUUUUGCUCAGUCAGAUUUUGGUGCAAAAGCUCAACAGAAAUCCCAUCCCCCUGCUCGGGAGAGGGGGUUUUCUCUGGGUGAGCUUUCUCAGCGCAGGGGGCAGCGAACCCUGCGAGGGGGCAGCGUUGGCUCUGUCCCUCCCGCCCCCCUCAUCCCUCCCCUUUCCCCCGGCACAUCCAGUGGGGCUGCAAGGUCGCUGCAGGGUCUGCCCUCUCUCCUCGCUCGCACGGCGGAGCAGCAAUGCCUUUGUGUUUACCGCUUUUGCACCGCCCGGCGCGGACGGGCAGAGGGAGGGCGAGCUGUCCUAAACCUCCCGGGCACCAGGAUAGGGCCAGGGAGAAGGGCCGUCGCCGGGGCCGUGAAUCCCGGCGGUCCCGGGAGCGGCGUCCGGGACCGCGGGGAGCUGCUCUCCCGCCCCUGGCUAAAGGGUCUGCUCCCUGGGGUUUGGCAAUUAGGGGCCGUAUUGGCUUGGAAACUGCGCUGUGUUUCUUGUCGUUCCUGCAGAGGCUGUGUUCGGCUGCCAGAGCCGGGCGCGGAGUGCUCGGACACAGCUCGCAGACCUCGGGUGGCACAGGAGAGCGCCCCAAGACAUUCCUUCGCCUGGGGAAGGACACACAGCCGGGAGACCCGCUGGAAACACAUGUGCCCUCCUCCAAGUCCCCGCUGCCGCUGUCGGCUUCCUCCUUGCCUCGGUCGCUCCCUUCUUGUUGCUACUCCUGUCCCGGCACGGCUCCCCGCGGAGCCGGGGAGCGGGCAGUGCCGGGGUGGGGAAUACACGAUAUCCCGUGUGGCAGCGCCGCUGCGCCCGUCGCUGAGCCCGCGGAGAGUGACCUGUCAAGGAGGUGUACUAGAGGGGAGGGGAAAGGAGCGGCGGGGAGGGGGAUGA